CUCACCCCUGACCUACUAGUAAGAUGGGUAAUGUCUAAAUACUGUAUGCGUCCGUAUUGCAUUUCUCGGGACCGAAAUUGUUUACCUACGUCAGUGAGACCAACAUAGCAGUUUGGUCCUGCAAUUCUACCCUCCAAUAUGAGAUUUCUAGGCCUCAGCGGUGGCUUCCCCGGGGGAAACACAGAGCAAGCUCUCCUCGCUGCCCUCCGAGCCGCCCAAACUGCGGCGACAACGCCAGCGACCAUUUCCCUGGUCCGUCUCAAGGAACUGUCAAUCGGUUCCGAAGCCCUAGAUGGCCACCUUCCUCUCCCCGUAGUGGGAAAGUCGAAUCCGACCUCUGGGCCAGUCGUCGACGACCGUCCAUUCAUCCUCGACCAGAUCAUGGAAGCCGACGCCAUCAUCCUCGGUGCUCCCUGCAUAACGCGCACCAUCCCAUGGGAAGUCAAAUGCUUCCAAGACAGCACGCUCGGUCCAUUUCAAGACGUGACCAUGGCAAAAAGACUAGUUGACGCAGGCAAAGGUCAUCUAGUCGACCAACGCAUCUUCAAGCCGAGAGUCAUCGCCCUGGUGACACUGGGCGGUGCUUCUACGACCGAGUGGGCACCGUUCACCCUUCCUCUGCUACAUCAGGUGUUUUUUCCUCUGGGCGCCCAGAUCGUCGACCAGAUGCAGGUUUUCGGCGUGGGCGUCCCGAAUAGUCUGGUAUCAAAUGGCGAAGCGGUAGCUAGGGCUGAGGAACUAGGCAGGAAUUUGGCGCAGCAGGCCCAUGCGAUGACGGAGGAGGGGGCGAGAUAUGUCGGUCCCCGGGGCAAGUGCCCGGUUUGCCAUUUGAGUAUGUUCAAUUUUGUCGGCCAAGAUGCUGUUGACUGCGCUACUUGCGGGGCGAAGGGUAGGAUGGGUUUCGGUGAGGAUGGACAUGUUGAAUUUGUGACUAAUGCCGAGGGCGAGAGCUUCUCUAUACUCAGGCGGUCGGGAUUGGAGAAGCAUUUGCAGGACCUCGAGCAAGGAGUUCAAGUGCAAGAGGUUUCUGUUAAAGUGUCAGACAUCAAAGAAGAGUUACUGAAGCUGGGUCAGAGCUGGGUCGUUGCGCCGCCGAGCUGAGCUACAAGAUAAAU